CCUAACCCUAACCUCAUCAUAUUGUCGCUCCUGCAACGUAUCCCCAAAACUUGUCCCACACCACAUGUGCGGGCUAUGGACUCUCAAGUCGGAUGUCCAACAUUUCGCUAUAAUAUUCUUCGAAGCGCGGCAUCGCCUUGCAUCGCUCGUACGCCCCAGCUAAGACCAGACCCGUCCCGGCUGCGGACGACUACAUAAUCCUACAAUAUCACCAACGGACUAGUACGUGCUUGGCCUCACGAAGAAGGAAUCUUCCGUAUUGAGGCCUUCUCAAUACGGCCUUUCGAUGCUCAAAUGCUCACUCCAUGGGCGCCUAUGUCGGUGCAUGGCAUACAGCGCGUCCCACGCACAAGCAAUUCUCUCGCCUGCUCACGAUUGGCGCCCGUCUCCACUCCCGAUUCGUGCACGAAACUUCCCAUCUGGGCCUCAGCGGGCGCUUUUGGAAGCAUGCAUUUGUAUGAGGAAUUUUCGAAUCUUACGUCGGACGCGCCCGCGCGUUUAACGCACGCACCGCGCACGAAGCCCAGAAUUCGAGGACUGCCGCGUGGUGAGAUGAGGGAUUGGGUUAAAUAGCCGCCCUCUGGGUGCAGGAGCAGCACAUCUCGUGUCCCUCUCUCUCGAGCACAUGGCCAUGAGUAAACUCCGACGCCUUGCUUCGAACGGACGUUCAGGGAAUGCCUCCUUCAAUGGCAGACGCGAUAGUGCUGACAACACGCCGCACUCGGUUCCGGGGAACGCGAACGACGGAUCCAGCAACGCAACUUCGGAGCUCCUCGGCGAUACCAUGACCACCGGCGCUGCGACUGCCAGCGAGCCAUCUCCUCCCUCUGGGGCUCUGACCGGUGGAUACUACGCGCAACGUUGCAGAGAGCUGAUGAUCUUCAACAAGGAUCUGCGCGCCUUGGGGGCGACUAACAUGCUCGAUCUUCCGACGAUUACUGUGAUCGGGGGGCAGUCUGCUGGGAAGAGCUCGUUGGUCGAGGCGGUUUCCGGGAUCACUGUGCCGCGUGACAGUGGGACAUGUACUCGUUGUCCCAUGGAGUGCGUCAUGUCAAGUGCAGCCGAAUCAUGGUCCUGCAACAUCUCCUUGCGCUUCGAUCAUGACGAACAAGUGCUCGAGCCCAAGGACGACGACGCCAUCCAUCCCGCUGGCUCAACCCACGAGAUUCAGUUCGGCCCGACGAUCACUGACCGCAGCGCCGUCGAGAUCUGGCUUCGUCGCGCACAGGCCGCCAUACUGAGUCCGCACCGCAGUUCGCAGGAGUUCUACAAUCAGAACGCAGAGGAGCUGCGGAAUUCAGGGACCGAUCCUCGGCGUCUCAAGUUUUCGAAGAACGCCGUGUGUCUUACUUUGCGCGAUCCUGCCAUUAUCGAUCUCUCAUUUGUCGAUCUCCCGGGCUUGAUUCAAAACGAGGAGCCUGAGAACAUUCAAGUCGUCCGAGACCUUUCUAUCUCCCGGAUUGAACAGCAGCAGACGCUGAUUCUCGUGACCAUUCCCGCCAGCGAUGACAUGCAGAACCAGCAAGCAAUGCGACUCGCUAGAAACGCGGAUCCGUCUGGUCAACGCACGAUCGCCGUGCUCACCAAGCCCGAUUCACUAGGUGCUGGGGAUAUCGGGCGCCGCAGUCAAUGGAAGGAAGUGUUGGACGGGGACCGGGAUGCACUUGCUCAUGGGUACCACUGCGUCCGACUUCCCGACGACGCCCAACGGUCGCGCGGGAUGACGAGAGCCCAGUGCGACGGUCAGGCACAGCUGUUUUUCGACUCGACGGCGCCCUGGUCCGAAGUGCUCGAUCGCACGCGCUUUGGAGUGAGCAACCUGGCAGCGUUCCUAAGUAAACUUCUUACCGAGCGCAUCGAGGCCAACUUGCCUCAACUGCGAGCCCAAGUCCAUGCACUCUUGAAGCGCCACACCGAAGAGCUCAUUGGUCUGCCCCCGGCACCGGAUCUGGAUCACGCCGCGGUCGCCGUGUUCGGCAGGAUCAGUGCGUUCUGCAAUGCGUUUCGUGCCGCCGUAGCGGGAACGGAGCGGAAGAGCUUCGUACAAGACUGCAGAACGAAGUACGGCCAGUUCAAGACCGACAUCCAGCGCACGACCCCCGACUUCCGGCCAUUCCAUGGCCACGAGCGCUUCAGAGACCCGCUCAUUGCGUUCGAUGAAGUGGAUCAUGUUGCGAGCACCAUCCCGCCCAUCGAUCUGCCGGAGGUCCAACUGAUUAUCAAAGAUGCCACAAGCUGGGAACUGCCUGACCAAGUCCCCUUCCAUGCCACGAUCAUUCUCGUUCAGCGGUUCACGAGCAAUUGGAAGGAGCCGGCGAUGUCCUGUUUCGAAGGCACGGUGUCUUGUGCUGAGGCGCUCCUGUGCGAUCUCACGCAUGAGCAUUUCGGCCAAUUCAAUUUACUCAAGCGAUUCGUUACGUCGCUCGUCACGCAAGAGCUCGCAGAGUGCAAGGAUCUAGCGCGACAGACUCUGGAGAAGUUUCGCACUCUCGAUGAGUCACCGUUGUUUACUCAAAACCGGGACCUCUUCCGGACGCAGAAGGCCGCGUGGUCGGCCAGAUACAAAGCAGCGCAUGACGACGCUGGCUCGUAUUACAUACCCGGCCGCCAUCUCUAUGUGCGAGAGGGACACGGCUAUGAGAGCGAGCUCGAUCUCAUGGCGACGGUGCGGGCGUAUUGGCAGAUAGCAUACCGGGUCUGUCUGCGCAUCUUUUCGUCCGCUCGGCUGUCUCGUCUGACUGGACUGGGCUCGCUGCAGCGCAUCAUCGAUUACGUUCCUCUCGUCAUCGAGCGCGAGUUCAACCAGUGCAUGGCUUCUCGCUUGGAACCUGUGUUGAUCGAGAACCUGCUCCGGGGCCCUGACAUGACGACGCGCCUGCGAGACCUGCUUGCGGAAGAUUCGGCAAUAUCAGCCAAACGUGCCUUCCUCCGCGACCGAAUCAACCGCUUGAUCGAGAUUCAGCGGAAACUGGAUGGGCUCGGCCAGUCUCGGGGUUCUUGA